UCCGACCGUGGUCCUCGCAGUCGUACAAUUGCUGUACUGUCGUUGUCGUAGUCGUACUGUCGUAGUCGUAACCGCCAACUUGUACGGACAUAUGCGACCUGCGCACGCUCUCGAUCACGUUCACCUACGCACACUCGAAAAUCUCGUGACUUGACUCGCCGUUUUUUUUCAUUCGCUUUCGCGACCGUUGUGAUUUCUUUACUACAACCAUUGUCAAUACCUUAACUUGCUCUUAAUUCAAUUCCUUAUUGUUGUCCGUUCAGUGCUCAUCUGUAAUCCGCGUAGACAAUAAUUGUUGAAGGUAGUCAGUUUUGGGACGCACGUAAUUAUCAUUUGACAUUUUGAUUGAACAACGCCUUGUUUUGGAAGGCUCUGUUAUACAAUUAAUGUGAAGUGUUUUAAAUUUAAACAAUAAUUACAAAAUACUUAAUAACGUGGACACAAUUAUUUUAGUUUGUCGUGCAGAAUAAUACUUUACGUUAUUUUACUAUAUUACUGUUUAACAGAUAUAAUUAUAUGUGUUGAUGAUAUACAUCUGUAUACUAUACUCUAAUCCCACUAAAACAUAAAUCCAACUCGAUUUGGAAAAAAAAUCAUCUAUUUUUACUUGAUUAACAUUCGAAAACAUAUAUAAUGAACGUUUGUGACGCACCACAACCACAAUACUUACCUGACUUGGUGAUGGAUAUUAUAUUUUCAUACUUGAAACUGUCCGAUUUGUAUAGCUGCAUGUUGGUCUGUCGGAAUUGGAAUCGAGCAAUUAACGAUGGCAGAUCAGAGCCAUGGAAAUCGUUGUGUCACCGUGAGUUAUUGAAGUCAAAACUUUUGGCACCACUCCACAACCAUAAAAAAUCAUUACAGUUCAUAUAUAAUUCAUGGAAUCCAAAGGAUAGUUCCAUAAACAUCUUCGACGAAAAUCAUCUUUUGUUACCAUUCCCCAGUCCUAAAAAUAAAUUACGCACCUUAUAUAAUUCAUGGAAUCCAAAGGAUUGUUCCACGAACAUCGUUGUUGAAAAUUAUGGUUUCACAUUCAUUCGCAAUCCAAUCAUAGAGAGUACAGAUAUGAUACGAACUAAAACUGGUUAUAAAACUGGUAAACACGUAUGGGAAAUUACAUGGAAUGAAGAACUAGGCACAGUUGCAAUGAUCGGUCUGUCAACAAAAAAGGCGCCAUUGCAUUGUACUGGUUACAUACCUUUGUUGGGCGCUAACAAGCAUAGUUGGGGUUGGAACUUGGUCGAUAACGUUUUGUUACACAAUGCAAUACCACAUGGUAACUACCCAUUGUUAAAGAAUGAUCCUAAAUAUACAUUUGGUGAAAAAUUAGAUUUAGUGCUAAAUUGUGAAAAUGGUACUUUGCACUUUGAAAAAUGUAAUGUAUUUUUAGGUAUAGCUUUUAAAAAUUUACCUAAAACUAAAUUAUAUCCUUCGGUGUCUGUUGUUUAUGGUUACACGGAAGUAUCAGUACUGUAUAUUGGUAACACGGGGUCCACGCGAUGACAAAGGUGGCAAACCCUAUUCUGAUCAUGCUAUUCCUGGCAACGCGAUGCGGCGGAAUACAAACAGUUUUGAUUUUCGCCGCAUGUAGGCCACGGUCUAAGCCUCAAUAUGAUUAGGUAAACCUAGUUUUUGUAAGAAUUCAAUUUGAUAGAUUAUAAAAUACUGAUUGACAUAAGUGAAAAAUAUUCCUUUAUUGAUAAUUUAAAAUAUAAAAUCCGCAAUUAAGUAAUUUACUGAUUUUUAAUUUAAAAUACAUAGUUUAACUUCAUAAUAACUUACACAUUUUCAAUUACAUAAAUUAAAUAUUAUAACUUUACAAAUUAAUGUAGAUUAUGUUUGUAAACCUUUGAAAUUACAAACAUUUUUAUAUUAUUAUAUAUUAUAUGUAUAAGUUCUUUUUGUGGUGUAUAGAAUAAAAUUAAUUUUUGGUUUAUAUUAAUUAAAUAGUAUGAUUAGUGUUAAAUUAUAUUUAAUUUAUUUUACUACUACUAAUUGUUGAAUACAACCUGUA